CCACGCUGAUUUUGACAAGAACAUAUUACAUUAUGAAAGUGUAAGUCGGAAUCCCUGCAACUUGCAGAUGACUUACAAAAAGUCACGGUUAUGCUAUACCGUUAGACCGAACAUGCACAUAAAUUUCUAUGGAUCAAAACGGCUCUAACUGGCCAAAUCAUGGGCCAAAUGGUCUGAAAAACGGCUUCUGAGUGCUGUCCGCUGCACCUGGCAAAUGUCGCGUGCAUCUUCACGUUACCCGCGGUCUUUGGGGUUUGGAUGAGAAAGCGCUCCCCAAGAUGGAGGCCAGUGAGGAGGAGCCAGCUGCAAUGGAGCCCACGGUUACCAGCGGCAAACAGCAUGUGCAGUGCAAACUUUUGGAAACAAUAUACGAAGAUCCAAAAUGCAGCAAGGAUGGUACAGAGCAGUUCACUUCAAUACGCAAGUAUAAGAGAUUUAUCGACUUCAGCGAAGCUCCCAACAAUGCGAAAAGGUGGAAAAGAACGCAGAAAGCCUUUAAGUUGGCCUCCUCUCGGAGGAGCACAGCGGUAGCUGAGCCCAGCAGUGAAAUUUCAGACAUCGCGGCCUCGUCGAGACCAACGAGGAACUGCACGCGCCAUAGGUUGCCAGCUGCGAGUGCCAGAAUCGAUCUAGUCAGUUCCGGCUGUAGAAAGCGCCCGAGCGGAGCGCAGACGAAACUGCCACCAUCCAGUGUGGCAGUGUGUGAUACACAGCAACACAGGUAUCUCACGGAGCACACCGGCGGUUCCCAGCAGGACACUUCGCUCCAGAUUGUCGUCCUUGAGAAUGGAGACGUGCCCAUAGAGGAAUGUGCAACGAUCGAGAUACCCUUCGACGGACUUCAUGGGGGUGGCAGCAGGAACGGAAUGCUCGUGGCGGCAGUGCAAAGUGCCAGUGAACAGUGGUCGCAGUUUCAAGAUAAUAUCGAGGAAGAUGUGAGAGAAUGCGUAAAAUGUGUGCUCAAGAUAGUUGUGCCCGACACUGAGGAAUGUGAUCGUGACAUGGGAAACAGUACAGACAGUACCAGUUACGUUCCCCAACCGAGGCAGCUACCAGAAGUACAGCCAGAAACACGAGCAACAAGAAAGGAAUCGGGGGAGGAAAACGAAGUCAUUAAUACUGUGGGCGAUCUCGCCGCUAUAGUAGAAACGACAUGUUUUUUGUGCGACGUGUCUUCUAAUGUUGCCGACCAUUGUGCUGAUGUUAACUGUGAUACUAUCCAAGUCGCUCAAGUUGUGCGUGAAGUUGUAGAAGUGAUAUCUAGUGAACAGGUCUGAACCAGUAUUGCUACAAUUAUGAAAGGAAUGUAGGAAAGGAAUGAAAGGAACAGUAGAUACGUGACUGCUCCUAGCAAACUGCUUCGGAGACAUUUUAGAAAGAUAUUUUAGUUCUUUAAAGUGCUGCUAUCUAAAAGAUUUCAUCACUCGUAUAAAAGUGAAAGCCUU